AUGUGGCAAUGGCAAGUGUCAAAUGUACAAAGAGGUUUGUUGAUAAUUGCCAUAGCAGUAAUUUGUUGCUCUUGUUUGCCCAAGUGUCAGGCUCAGGGCACUAAAUAUGGUUUGUUGCCACCCGAUAAAUCUUGUCCGGAUGGUGGUGGCGUGGUGCAAUGGACUGGAGGUCAAUUUGAAUUUCCCUGCGCCUCCACAAAGUCAUUGUUUAAGAGCUCGGGUAAAUUUAUCCCAAAAAAUGUUAUUGCCACCAGAGCCCAAAUAAUCAGAGACACCAUAUUCCUGGCCCUGCCGCGCUAUAGAAAAGGUGUGCCCGCUACUUUGGUGAAAACGACCAUACUGCCUGGUACCUGUACCACCACUUUCACCCCCUAUCCCUGUUGGGACAUGCAGGAGGAGGGCAAUUGCAAGGCUUUACAGUCCGUAGUCGAUUUGGUGGUUGAUCAAAACGAGGUCAUAUGGGUGUUGGAUACUGGCAUUGUUAAUACUUUAGAAACGCCUAUACGUAAAUGUCCGCCCAAAGUAGUGGCAAUUUCAGCCAAAACAGGCAAACUCUUAAAGACCAUAGAUCUGGAUGGUUUAACUUCGACCAAUUCUCGUCUACAAUAUUUAGCUGUUGAUUAUGCACCCGAUGGCGGUUGCUUUGUGUAUGUCAGUGAUGCUGCUAAUCGUGCCAUAGUUGUGUUUAACAUUCAAGCAGAUCGUGGUUUCCGCAUCGUUUUGCCUAAAGCAGUCACAACUGGUUGUCGCUUGCGUGAUGUUCUGUAUAUUGCUUUGAUUCGACAAGAUUGUGGCACUACCGAGUUGUAUUUUACGUAUUUGAGUACGAGUAAAUUGUUUUCGCUGAAAUCGGAAUAUUUGAGAAGUGGUGUGGCGGAUGGUAAAAUUAUGGACCUUGGCAAGAAACCAUCACGUAUGGUCAUUAUUGGUACGGAUAAUGGUUCAGCCAUCUUUUUCCGCAAUGAGGGAGACGCUGAAGUAUUCCGCUGGGACACCACCACACCAUUUGCUGAAGCAAAUUUUAAGCCUGUUUAUCGUUCGCCCACCUGUCAGUUGGCCACACAUGCGGUGCCCGAUUACAAGCGCAACACAAUGCGAGUAUUACAAAGUAAUUUUCCUGAUUUUAUGCAAAAUCGUGUAGGCUGCGGUGCCAUACAACAACUGACACUAAUGCAGGGCUGUUGGUAA